CGCCUUCGGACUCGGACUGCUGUCUCCGCCAGCCGCCAAGCCUCCCGCAUCCUCCUCGGCCGAAAAUGGCGACGCAGGGCUCUGAUGCGCGCUACGCGCACCUGCUCGAGCCCAUCCGGGACCUCGCGCAGAACUGGUCGAUCGACAUCGCGAGCGAGCUCGAGGAGUACCUUGGCGAGCUCGAGUCGAUCACAAUCUCGUUCGACGACGGGACGACGCUGAACUUUGCAGAGGCGGCGCUGCUGAUCCAGGGCUCGACCUGCAUCUACUCGAAGAAGGUGGAGCACCUCUACACCCUCGUCUACCAAGUGCUUAACCAGGUCGUCGAGCAGAAGCGGGUCGCAAGGCAGGCCGCCUCGAUUGCAGAGGACGGGACCGACCGCGACGUCGUCGAGAUGGCGGCGGAGGACGCGUGGCUGACGCUCGACGACACGCUCCAGGAGGUGGCCAACAUCUCGCUCGCGCCGACGCGCGGCGCGCCCGACACGUCCGCCUUCACCCUCUCGCGCACGCCAUUCUUGGGGGGAGGCCCCUCCUCCUCCGGCGCGGGCGGCGAGAGCGAGUACAAGAUGCACUCGUGUGUGGUGCACGCGUCGGGCGCGCUGCUGCUGCCCAACGUCUACCUCCCGCCCCACGUCCUCGCCGCCCUCUCCCCCG